ACGAAGAUGAUGUUGAAGAAAAAAUUAUAAAGACGAUUUUCAUUGGAGUGGGUCUUUAAGGGGACAACAUGAGCUCCAUCUGGGUUCUUCUAGUUACUCAUGACUUACAUACAAGUGAAUAUUAGCACUUGACAAACAAACAGACAUGUAUUCACAACUGUACAACACCACUUUCAUUUUUGGACGAGGAAAAACCAGAAAGUUUCCUUCUUUUUUUGUCUGUCUCUCCAAACCAGCUGGAUGGCAUUACUUUCCAUCCAGGGCUAUCGUACAAUCUUCUGUUUUUACACUAGUCACAGUGAAAGCUCCUUUAGAUGUAAGGAGCAAGGCAAACCUCUGUCACUUCUUUCCACAGACGAUGCAGGCCAAAGUGGAAAUCUUAGCGGUGCUUCUGGGAGUCAUUUGCCUGGCUGGGACUAUAGCCAUCACUGCUUUGCCCACAUGGAAGGUUACUGCUUUCAUUGGUGCCAAUCUUAUUGUCAUGGAGGAACUCCAGGAAGGAUUGUGGAUGAACUGCAUCAGACACGCAAACUUCCGAAUGCAGUGCAAGGCCUAUGACUCGGUGUUGAUUCUCCCUGGAGAUCUGCAGGCAGGCCGGGGGCUGAUGUGCCUCUCCAUAAUUCUGAUUAUUUUUGCCAUCAUUCUCAUGAGUUGUGGGCUGAAACAGAGUUCUCUCUGUCAGGACAAUAUGAAGAAAAAGAACAGCAUUCUGGCCGCUGGAGGAAGUUUGUAUUUGGUUUCUUUUUUGACAACACUCAUCCCUGUCUGCUGGGCGAGCCACUCCAUCAUCACUGACUUCUAUAAUCCCACAUUGGGGGAUUCUCAGAAACGGGAGCUUGGGUCAGCGCUCUACAUCGGCUGGGCCACUUCAGUGCUCCUCCUCAUCACCGGAGUCAUCCUCCUCACCAGAUGCAGCAAACGUAAAACACCGGAAGAGCAGUACUAUGCUGAAGAAGAAAGGAAUUUCCAAGACAAGAACAGCAUCUCAUUUACAAAGACACCAUCCAGCAUUCACAAAAAUCAAGUAUAUGUUUAGCCUUUUUGCUAUCCUAGGCACUUUAACAUUGGGAGUUGGGUCAUCUAGACCCACUAGACAGUGCUCUGAACUUUUUU